AUGAGGAACAUCGCAAAAUGGCGCUGCCAACUGAGAGAGUACGACAUUGAGUACGUGUCCCGCACGUCAGUCAAAGUGCAAGCAAUCACCUACCACCUAGCAGAAUUCCCAAUUAAUGACGACACACUGAUAAAUGCCGACUUCCUAAACGAAGGAAUCCUCCGAGUAGAUGACGAGAAGGAUGAGCCAACAUGGAAGAUGUACUUCGACGGGGUGGUCAAUUCCGCAGGCUCCGGAGUUGGGGCGGUGCUGAUAUCCCCGGACGGACGCCAUUAUCCGGUUGCUGCAAAAGUGGACUUCUCUUGCACCAAUAACGUGGUCGAGUACGAGCCAUGCAUUCUCGGUCUGCGAGCGGCAAUCGACUUCAAGGUAAAGGAGUUGGAAGUAUUCGGUGACUCCAUGCUCACGAUCUUCCAGACACUGGAGCAAUGGAAAAUAAAGGACGCAAAGUUAGUCCCGUACCAUGAGUAUCUCGAGGAGUUAGCAAAAAGCUUUGAGAAGAUCUCAUUCACCUAUACUCCGCGUACGAAGAAUCAAUUCGCAGACGCGCUCGCGACACUCGCAUCCAUGGCAAGCAUCACAGAGGGGAACCUCAUCGAGCCCCUUGAGAUCAGGAUCGCCAAAGGUCCGGCCCAUUGCAACGCAAUCGAGGCAACCAACGCUAAGCCGUGGUAUGAGGACAUCAAGCACCUCCUGCAAACAGGUCAAUAUCCUCCAUUUGCCGAUUGCCGCGACCGGAAGACGCUCAAACGACUCGCGAUGCACUAUUUCCUAAGUGGCGAAACACUCUAUCGGCGAUCCUUUGACGCUACAUUGCUCAGGUGCAUCGACAUACACGAGUCGCAGCGUCUCAUGGAAGAGGUGUACGGGGGGAGUUGCGGGCCCCAUAUGAAUGGACUCAUGCUCGCCAAGAAGCUCAUGUGCUUAGGCUACUACUGGUCCACCGUGGAGACCGACUGCCUAAAGCACAUCAGGCACUAUCACCGGUGCCAAGUCUAUGCCGACUAG